AUGCUGAGACGAUGCGACGUGGCGUUCUGUGAGAAGCUGCAUGGGCCCCAGGCUGUCUUUCAUGGGGUGAAAGGAUCGAGCGAAGCCAGUCGUGGCUCGAAACCAUCCUUGCUCGCCCCGUUGUCCAUGGCCUUCAGCUCUGUCGACGCGCUGCACAUGGCCUUGCCAGUCUUCGGUGCUGCUUUUCUUGCGGCGAUCUUCCUGUCCUUUGCCGCCUUUCUUAUCUCAUGGCUGUAUCGCCUCAUCUUCGUCAACGCCUGGGCCUUUCUCAUCUCCAAGAUUCCCAACAGUCUCAUCGCUGCCUCGGAUGAGGACGGGGAGAGUCCUCAAGGCCGAUGGAGCCGAACACCUGCGAGAGCAAGACAGACUGCCACCGUCAGGAAAGAAGAAGAGAUGCUUGCUAGAGGAGGAAAGGAAAGGUUGAAACCAGCAGGUCAGCCAGGAGGGGCUGACCUGCUCAAGAAGAACAAGGUGGUCGACGAUCGUCCCGAGGCAGCAAAUUUGUCUUGUUUGGACGCGUGGCAAAUCAGAAGAAGUAAAGAUGAUCCUGAAUAUGCGAUGCUACAACAUGUUGAGUUCGGCAUGAGCAUUGAGUUGCCUCUCAAUGGUGUUGGUGUUCUUUUCACUGCUGGAGGCGGCACUGUUGUCAAAAGGUGCUGGCCUGACGGGACCCUUUACGACCGAUUCGCCUUCCGCACAGGGACGGUGCUAGUGAAGGAGGAGAGGAAGGAGCGAGGGAGGAACGUGGUGUUUGCGGAUUCUCUGCGGGAUUUUUUGGGCUCUCAGAGCCAGAAGACGAUCGGAGAAUGGAGCUUUCAGCUAGAGGAGAGCGGGCGAGUGCUGCUGGGCCAUGACAGGGAGGAGCUGCUGCUGCUGGACGAUGGUUUUGCUUUCUUCGGGGAGGAAUCACGAGGAGUUCUGGUCCGGAGGAAGGAGGAGGUGCAGGUGAUGGACUCGUCCUCCCUGCUUCGCAUCGUCGGAAGAUCUUCAGACGCGAUCGAUCGACAGCUGGAGCGGAAGAAGAGGAAGAGGACGCAAGAAGAGGAGAGCAUGCAGGAGAUUCCUGAGGAGCUUCUCUGCCCCAUCACCAGGAAGAUGAUGAGAGAUCCUUGGAUAGCAGCCGAUGGCUUCUCGUAUGAGCGCGAGGCGAUCGAGGAGUGGUUCAGCAGCAGGGGCGUCCGCUCCCCCAAGACGGGGCUGCCGCUGCCGGACGCUAGGUUGGUUCCUAACAACGCGCUUCGCUCGCUCAUCGUCUCUCUCACAAGCGACGCCGAUGCCUCCCAGUAG